AUGGCGUCCCUCGCACACACAUCGCGCACGCUGCUGCGCACGCUCCCCACACGCACCCUCAUGCCAUUGCGGACGCUGUCCACGAGCGCCGCUAGAGCCGAGGCCAGCUCCUCGUUCGACAGCCCUUUCAAGGGCAUGGGCAGCGAUGCCGCGAGCAAGAUCCCGGAUUUCUCGCACUACAGGAGCAAGCAGGGCUCGGGGAGCAAUCUGGUCUUUCAGUACUUCAUGGUGGGUACUAUGGGCGCGUUGACGGCGGCGGGCGCCAAGGCUACGGUUCAAGGUACGUUUUUACCCUGGGGUGUCAUGGCAUGGCUUGGUUGGAGCUUGGGAUAUGAUAUGAUGUGCGGAUGGGUUGAGGGUGUUGGGGGGAGCUCAAUUGAGUGUGUUGCGUUGCUGACGAUUGAUGCGUGUGUAGAUUUCUUGGUCAACAUGUCUGCUUCGGCGGAUGUCCUGGCUAUGGCUAAGGUCGAGGUCGAUCUUAGCACUAUCCCUGAGGGCAAGAACGUUCUCAUCAAAUGGCGAGGCAAGCCAGUCUUCAUUCGCCACAGAACGGCGGAUGAGAUCAAGCAAGCCGAGAACGUCAAGAUCGAGACAUUGCGGGAUCCCCAGAAGGAUGAGGAUCGUGUUAAGAAGCCGGAGUGGUUGAUCAUGGUUGGUGUCUGCACACACUUGGGAUGCGUGCCCAUUGGCGAAGCCGGUGACUUUGGAGGAUGGUUCUGCCCGUGCCACGGCUCCCACUACGAUAUUUCCGGGCGUAUAAGAAAGGGACCUGCUCCGCUUAACCUCGAGAUUCCAACAUACGAAUUCCCCGAGGAUAUGUCAUUGGUCAUUGGUUGA